AUGCAAACGGAUUUUAUCACAGCUCAACCCUACGGACUGGUUCCGAGUUGCAACCCGAAUCCCGUUCCCGCACCCACAUCAACUUCCUGUCUGUACGGCACGUAUCCACUCGUUCUGUCCGAGGGCGGCACACACGUAUCCACGAUGGAUUAUGGUGUACAACCUCUUCGUUCCCUCCCGUUUGCCCCCAGCAAUUCGUCUGCCUUCAAUUCAAACCUGUUUGCUGGGAUUCAGGCUUUCCAGACGACCUACAAACAUUCUGAUCAUGGUGACAACAAACCAAAGGACUCCUAUCCACAAUGCACUGGUCAAAUUAAACCAACCGAUUAUCACAGAGAUUAUGAUUUCUUCACACCGAAAGUGUCUCACAGCCACACCAAGUUGCUACCUGAUUGCGAGACCUACACCUUUGUACCGGCAAAUUCGCUGACGGACAAUGAUCCGUUCGGCUCAGUUACUUCCGACGCCAAUCUACAAACACCGGACGAUUCAAAAGCUUUUGGUUCUCUUGCUGUCUCCAUGCACCCAAAUGGUCUGCAAUCUUCCGCACCGGCAUCACCGCGAAUGAAAGAGAAGUCGAAGAAUGCGGCGCGCACAAGACGGGAGAAGGAGAAUGCGGAAUUCUACGAAUUGGCCAAACUGUUGCCCCUUCCCAGUGCAAUAACUUCCCAACUGGACAAGGCGUCCAUCAUUCGACUGACCACAAGCUAUCUGAAAAUCCGUUCGAAUUUUCCCGACGCUCGGGUGAGUUUAUUGGUUGUUGAUCAGGUGACUGUUGAUCUGUUCGCCGAGCUUGGCAUUUGGCUUGCAAACGUUUCGCCACUAUACGAGGAGCGCAUCAUCAACUGCGCACUGAUGAUGCGCUCCUCGUAUGCUGAAUGUGCUGCACACAGGCCGCCCCAUGAUUCAGUUGGCACGAUGUUCGAGAUAUCGCAGUAUAAUUUCAUAAAGGAAACUACUCACAAGGUUGCUGAAAACCCUUCGAUAGCCCACGACCGAUUUCGCCCUUCUUGGGGCUCAUCAGGACUGGGAGACGCUUGGAAGAACAGUCGAAAUCAAAAUACACGUGUACCUGUGCACCCUAUGGAAAAAGAACUAGCUCCGAAUCUCUUCAAGUCGAUGGAUGGCUUCAUUUUCAUCAUCUCACCUGAGGGAAAAAUCCUAUACAUUUCCGAAACUGCAUCGGUCCUUCUUGGUCUUUCACAGGGUAUUUUUAUAGAGGAAACUACUCACAAUAUUGCGGAAAACUCUCCGACAGUCCACGACCGGUUUUUUCACCCUUAUUGGGGCUCAUCAGUUAGGCGCAGUCCCCGAGUUUCUGUCAACCUUAUGAUCUACUUGAGCCCGCAUUGGACUGUUUUCGACAAAUACACUCAUUUGCAAAUCAAUUUGGUUUUCACGAGAGACACAACUGAAUCUCUCGUUUAUGAUGUUCUACAACUGAAUAUGCUGCACACAGGUCGCCUCAGGUUUCAGGCGCAGUCCCCGAGUUACCGUCAACCUUAUGUUCUAAUCGAACCCAAAUUGCACUGUUUUCAAGAACUACACUCAUUUGUGAUGGAUGAGCCCCAAGAAGGGCGAAACUGGUCGUGGGCUGUCGAAGAGUUUUCAGCAACCUUGUGGUGUCCAUCAAAUAUGUUGCUCACUGUUCGCAGCAUGACAUUUCAACAAACGAAAAUGUUUCGUAAACGGAACGGAUGGGAAUCUCCCCAUCCAACGGUGCAGCUGAUAAAAAAGAUUACUGACCUCCAAAUUAUUUCGCGCACUUUUGUAAAAAAAACUUCUAAUUGUGAAUUCCUUUUGGAGCGUAGUUUUGUUCUACGCAUCAAGUGUGUGCUGGCCAAGCGAAAUGCCGGCCUUACAACGGCCGGUUUUAAGGUGAUCCAUUGUAGCGGUCAUCUGAAAGUCCGCUCAGUGACAGUGGAUGGUUUCCCUUACUAUCAGAAUUUAGGUCUGAUUGCUUUUGCCUAUGCGAUCCCAUCACCAAAUGCGAACAACACAGAAAUCCGCUUGACGUCUGGCAUGUUUAUGUUUCGUGCAAGCUUGGAUCUGAAACUGAUAUUCCUUGAGGGAAGAAUUGCAUCUAUCACAGGAUUUCAACCCCAAGAACUCAUAGACAAGACGCUGUACCAGUUGGUUCAUGUGGUAGAUUCAGUCGCGCUCCGCCGUGCACAUGAAACACUCCUGAUCAAAGGUCAAGUCACAACCCCCUACUACCGAUUGAUGACAAAGACUGGUGGUUGGGUGUGGAUGCAAUCCUACGCCACAAUCGUCCACAAUAGCCGCUCAUCCCGUCCAAACUGCAUUGUCAGUGUGAAUUACCUACUAUCGCCUCGUGUUUCAGUCGGUACGAUAUUUGAGAUAUCGCAAUUUACUGACUUGAAGGAAAUUAGUUUUUUUUUUACAAAGGAAACAACUCACAAUUUUGCUGAAAACUCAUCGACAACCCAAGACCGAUUUCGCCCUUCUAGAGGUCCAUCAGAUAGGCACAAUCCCUA